AAAACACCUGUUGCUGUUUUUUUCCAUUUCGUCAGCCGAAUAAAGUUUAAAUAAGACAGGCUAACUCCACCACUGUGUCUUUCUUUUGCAGAGACGUGUUGCUGAAUGAUGAGGGCUGCGUUUGGAUUUCUGUCACUGCUGCUCGGCCUGUUUGGGUCAGGGGCUCAAAUGCAGGGGGAUGUAACCGAGGGGACCUCAAAACAAACCACCCCUGACAUCUGGGUGGAGGUGAGAGCACUAAGAGACAUGGUGGUGGAGCUUAAAGUGCAGCUGAGUGCCUUAGAGGACAAAGUGAAGGAAAGUGAGAACCAGGUGGAUGAUCUGAGAGCCGAGCUGAUCUCCACCAAAUUUCACAUGGAGCUGCUGCAAACAGAGAAUAGAGGUACAGACUUUAUUUUUCCUGCUUAGUGUUGAUGCGUUGGUGAGUGAUUUUCUUUUGGAGUUUGUGUUAAAAUAUGAGAUGUGCUUUAUUGAACUGCUCUUAUUGAAUACAGAAACAGAGGUUAGUUUGUCAUGCAAACCAAACUCUUUCUGUUUUUCAGCUCAGGCUGCAGAGAUCGAAUCUUUGGAAACGAGAAUGAUUACCACCAGUUACAUUACCAUUACCAGUUAAAUUAACCCACGCCAAAGUGAAUGUGUUCAUCAACAGUGUUUUCUUGUCAUUCUAGGUCGUAUUUGAGCCAUUUUGAUAUGAAAGGAUACUGACAGCAGUGUAGUUAUGGUUUGAUAUCUUGGUUUUAGCUGCUUGUUUUCCCCUGUGAUUGCACAAACCACAGACUUGCAGACCAGACUGAGGAACACCGAGAGUGAGCUUCUUGUUUGCAAGUCCAAGAUUGACCAGCUGGAGAGAGAUAAUGAAGGUGAGAUAAUGCAAAAUCAAACACCUACAUCUUUAUUUGUAUUAAUACCUAUAAACUAAAUAUUAUUAUAGAUUAUUUAUUAUAAAUAUGAUUGUGGCAAAACUUCACGAAGCCCAUGUAUAACCACUGAUCAGGCUGAUUCUCAUGUUUCCAACUGAUGUCUGGUUUUCAGGGUGAUUAUUUUUUGUUAAUCAAACUCCAACAAAAAAGACAAUUUAAAUGUCCAGACUGUUACCUCUAUAUGAAUGGAAGGAAGCUUGACUUCUUAUGUAAGGCACUGUAAAUCAAUCUUACUCUGUUUUCCAGCCGAAGCCACAGAAUUGAAAUCCUUUGAAAGGAGACUGACCACGACUGAAAGCAGAACAAGUGAACUAGAGAGAGAAAAUGCAGGUAAUUUACUGACACACAUGACAUACACAAAUAUUUCAUGUUUUUAUAAAUUGUACAUUUGACUGUCAAAAGUCAGAAUGCUGAGGGGUUUUGUUAAAGGACACGACUCAGGAGUAGAGGACAAGUUAAGCAAAGACUGCUUUGCCAAGAGGGGGCCCCAAAAUUGAAUCAAACUGAAAGUUCAUGACAGGAGCUGUAAAUACUAAAGGGUAAAAUGGGGCCCCUGAACAAGAACUUUGAUUCAAGACAUAGAAACAACAACAACUUAGGCAAAUGUAUCCCUAUAUUUAAAUAAAUUAUCCUGGAUUAAUGUUCAUUACAGCAGAUUUUACAGUGUAAUUUUUUAAAGGUUCAUUUUGAUGAGAAUCAGUUCAAUUGAAGUUUUAAUUUUGCGCUCUAAACUUUUAGUACCCAACUCUCUGACUUUCAGAUAAAAAUGGUCUAAUAUCAAAUUCUUUACUGAUCCUUUUGCACAGACAUGAGCCCGUUUGUCAUUCAGGUGUUACAACUUUUUGUACAGCAUGAAUUAAACAUGGGUGAACCUAAUUUAAACCUGGAAUAUGAGACACUGUACGAAAUGUGUUGUGCAUUUUGAAAUGUUAGUAUUUUGAAGUUUUCCUUGUUAUGAAUUCAGAUGUGCAGAGUGAACUUCUCAUCAACAAGUCCAGGAUUGAGCAGCUGGAGAAAGAAAAUGCAGGUGAUGACUGUGAAACAGAAACAGAUAAAUCAAACAUUACAAAUUCAGUCCAGCCAAACUUUGUGAAAACCUGUACGCUUUUUUGUGCAUAUACAGGAAAAACACAGAUGGCAUUUUACGCAGGCUUAGCUAAUGGAGGAGUUAUUGGACCAUACAACACGGAUAUCACUCUAAAAUACAGCAAGGUCUUCACCAACAUUGGUGAAGCUUACAAUCCCGCUACAGGUAAUAUCCUGCAGGUUAUAGAAGCUGAAAAUAUUUAAUGUUAUGAAUAUAACAGUUUUUUUAAACCCACACAGUCUAAUUGUUGUUUUUUAUUUUCUAUUGAAACUCUGUAGGCUUCUUCACAGCACCAGUCAGAGGGGCCUACUACUUCCAGUUCACUGUGUGCUCACACGGGUCACAGAUGCCAGGUGUUUCCCUGUACAAGAAUAACCAAAGGGUUAUGUUUAACCUCAUUCCAGUGCUAAACACUGUAGAUUAUAUUACUAAUUCAGUUGUGCUGGAGCUGAAUGCUGGUGAUGAAAUUCACCUGGUUCUCCCGUCUGGAUAUGCCGUCUAUGACAGUGACAGUAACCACAGCAGCUUCAGCAGCUUCCUUCUCUUCUCACUGUAAGGAUGUCGUGUCGCUGCUGAGUGAGUGUUUGCUGUAACUGGCUGAAACCUGAGAAGAUAAAGUGAAGUUAUAUUGGAUUCUGUUGGUCCUACUUUUUCAUUUACAAAAGAACUGUAUGACCUGCAAUAAUGAUCACAUGCUGUUGUAACAGUUUACAUUCAGAUUCAGUUUACAUUCACACUAUAAGGCCUGACUCAGCUUUCAUUCGCUCCUUACUGCAGAUAUGGGCUUGUAAAUUAGAGAUAUAAUCUAUAUUUGUAACAACUGAAGGGCUUUAAGCUCCCGGAGAAGGCAGCCUAGUCCCUCGUUAGCUCAAAAAUAUUUAUGAGAUAACAACUGUUUUACUAAUGGAAACAGGCCUCUGGCUUGUACAGUAUCUCUAUAGUAUAACACAAAAAUCUGAAUUUAAUUUACUUUGAGUUUGUAGCUUAAAUAAUAUCAUCUGUUACUUCUGAAGUUGCUAGUUUGACUGUAAACAAAGUCAAACCACAGAAAAGUAAGUCUGCCACUCACUGCUGUCUAUGAUUGACACUCUUAAUGUUGAGCCAUCGCUUCUAGUUGGUCUUAAGAUUGGCUGAUAGUGGACAUGAUUACCUUUAUCGUGGGUAAGAAGCAGCAAAGAGAGGAUAAAGUCAAUGACAGCAAUCACAACUACUAAUCCUAGAACUGAUGGUGCAAAUGUGCUGGAGGGGAUCCGACUGCCAAGCCUAGAGGGUAGUGAGGAUAAUGAGGAAGAGGACUCUCUGUGUGAGCCGCUUCACUAUUAUAAGUCAGCAUUUUGAGCCGAAAGUGAGCUGCUGUGUUAGCGUGUGUGGGUGUGUGUUUUGUCCAAGUGUGUGUAAGGGAUGUAACUGUGAUAUUUACAAAGACAACAAAACCAUUAGCAUUGGUGCAUAGGAUUUUAACACCUCGAAAAUAACGAAAUGAGUAAAGAUGAAACUAGAAACUAAAAUAUUCAAAUAACAGAUUUCCCUACUUUAGUGUUUCUCUUUUAUCUAAAUAUUUAUACCUUAAAGCUACUGUAAGGAGUUUUUUAUGUUUAUAAAACAGACUAAACUUUCUCUCUACUAUACAAAAGCAAACAAGACCAUCAGGGACAAGAUUGAUGAUAUUUGUACUGUAACCCCCAAUGUCCACUGGAACGGCUACGAAAAGGCCACAUCCACCAAUCACAGCUGAUCGUAACCAUUCAAGUUAAUCUGUCAAUUACCUCAACUUCUUUCCAUUCAGCUGCAGAUCGCUGGACUCCGCAGCUGAUCGCAAGAGUUCUGUUUUUUCCGGACACUGGAGCAUGCUGGAUAAAUUCAGUACAGAUUAACCCGUGCUGGAAAGGAAGUCGGGCACAGACACAAAAUAAAACAUCUGGCUUCUUUUCAAAAUCAAACAUGUCGUGUUUCAGGAGGAUCGUAUUUCACACCAUGCAAACAGGCGGGGACGAAGUAGUGAAAGAUUUUUAUACAGCAUUUCACCCUGAUGACACCAUGAUGAGGAGAUGAUUCUAAAAGUCUAGAAAUGGAUUUCCAUCUCUGCAAGGACACAAUCUACUGCUUUUCUGGUCAUGUGGCUGUCUUUAUAGAGACAACUCAUCAUUGUGUGAUUGCAUGUGAACCCAUGGGUUCUUGUGUGUUCUCGCGAUUCAUGCUGUCCGUAAUCCACCACAAAAUUCGCCUCACAAACAGAUCUGGUAGGGAUUGGCGGACGGCGAAAAUCACCGCCAUUUCGGAUGUGGUGAAAAUAUCGGGGUAAGUCCUGAUGCCUGAAACUGAUGCGGGAAGAUAGGUGUCAGUGGAGCCACUAAAGAAAAAGACCUGUUUUAACAUAUUCCUGACAAAGACCCGCUUUUAUUGUAAAUGUGAGAUUUUUUUGUCAGGAGACACUUUUUAAGCAGGUAGAGGACAAGAUAAGCAAAGACAGAUUUGUCCACAGGGGGGCGCCAAAGUUGACACAGAAUGGAAGUUACUCACAGGAGCUUUAAAGACAAUGAAAUGCGGUGGGUUGACUGUGGUCUUUAAAGCAAAAAGAAAAAAAAUCAUCUGGAUACUAAGUUCCCUUUGAUGCAUAAACUUGUCCUAGAGGCAAUGAUGGAUCUGCUCAGACCAGAUUGUGGUAACACCCCCGCUCCACAAAAAAGACUUCUGAGAAAUUGAAGUAGAGUGAGAGGAGGAUAAACAGCUGGCAGAGAGAGUUUCACUCAGAGAGUCUUAUACCGACCCAGUGUCCAGCAGCCACAGGGAUAACAGAUUUUGAGAAAUGAAUACCAUUGAAAGAGUUCAUUUCACUCCGAUACAGACUUGGGAUUUAUUUGACUGUGAAACUCUGCACCCACUUUUUUCUUUCUUUACAUUUGUGUUAGUUACAAACCGUCUAACAGCAUAUGGUACACAGAUAAGACUCAGAUGAAGAAUAGGAGAAAGGGGAUGUAGAGACUCCAUUGCAUGUGAGGCAGCUCCGACAGCUGAAAUCAUGUCCUACACAGACAGAAUGAGAGGACAGGUCUUUGAAAGGGUUCUGCUGUGAAGGCAUUCAAAGAGUGAAAUAAUUGGACGCUAAAGGCUUUGUCUCAGCAAAAGCAAAAAAUGCAGACCCUCUUCUGCCCAUGAGUGUGUGGCAUGUGACGGGGUGAAGUCAGGUGGCAGAGGGUGUCAUCCAGGGAAAUUAAAACCAAACAAAUUUUAAUAUCUUUUCUUUCACACCAGAGCUUACAUUCAUUACAAACAGAAUCAGGGCUUUUCUUCAGGAGAGUUGUAUCUUGGGAAGAAGCCAAGUUACUCACAGGUACUAGGAAAUCUACACACUGCUUCUUCAGAGAUAUCGAUCCAUUCAUGGCUACUCUGCUCCACUGCAGAUGAGAGCGUGCUGCCUCUCUGCCUGGGAUCACCCUGCUGAACCAAGCGAGGGAUGAAUGAAGGCCUGAGAAAGACAUAAAGGCAGAACAGAGUGUAAUCCUGGCUUUCACUCUAAAGCAAUUGGGCCAUGGUUUAAAGAACAAAAGACAAGGGCUGGGUGGCUUAUCCUCAUAUAUUCUCAUUCAGUUUGGUAAUUGACUGAAACUGAGUUGAGAUUAUUUCACCAAUAUUUCAUUCAGACAUGGCAGCUACAAUUCUCUUUCUCUCUAACUUAAAAGAAACACGUCUAAAUGUCUCCACAUUAGCCCAUAAAAGAGGGCAGGUCUGUCAGAUUGCAUUAGUAUGACAGUAAACACUUUUCUCGAGAAGCUGAAGGCUAUGUUUUUAGAAAAAGGCAGUUGCAGACAACAGAGGUUGUCAGAGAGUUCAUAUAAUGCUCCUGACAAAACGAAAGCUUUCUGUUGAGGUUUUUCUUCUAAUGAUGAAAGUGAGGAUUAGAUAAACACAGAAAAGGUGUCACUUCUUAAGACUCAAGUAAAAAUUAAAACUUUUACAUAUGUUAAUUUCGGGGACACAGCAGCUUUUUUGAUCUCUGCUGAUCCUCUUCUGUAUUUGUGUAAGUAGUCCCCAGUUAUGAAAAAUCCUCCUGCUCUCUCCAUACUGUCAAAUAUGUCACUCACUGUGAAUCUCUGAAUAUGUAAACAGAGACAGUUUUAGCAGCAUGGCAGCAGACAUUAAAAAUAACUCCAGAGAACUCGUCAGUCUUCUUACUGAUUGACUCCUUAGCUUUGUAUUAGAAUUAAUUUUAGUCUUUUUUUUUGUUAGUAUAAAACAGGGAAAAGAGAUUAUUCUGUAAAAGAAAAAAUAGAGGUUUCUCUUUAGUGUCAGAAAUUAACGUUUUAACCAGCAGCUAUCGUUUAAGUGAAAACACAACAGUUCCCAAUCGGAGAAAACCUGUAAUUGAACUUUUCAUCCUCAGCAUAAAUGAAACAAUCAAAAUCACCAAAUGUGGAGGUCGACAAUUCUUGCAUGACAAAAGGCGUUGUAGGAAAUAUGUAAACUCAGCUGCAUUUCACAUCUGCUGAUUUCAUUCUUUUGUCUAGGAGGGUUUUUAUUUGCUUAUAUACGUACAUAUCCACAUAUCCACAUAUCCACCCGUGUGUGUGUGUGUGUGUGUGUGUGUGUGUGUGUGUGUGUGUGUGUGUGUGUGUGUGUGUGUGUGCAGCAAAGGUCAAUGCUUCACAUCACUCAAAAAUGCAAUUUGAUUUCUUUAACUUCUCAAAACCUGACCCUGAUAAACUGAUAAACUGCAGGCUGCCUGUUUCUUCUGUAAUUUACAGUGAUGGCUCUGUGUCUGCAGUGACAGACCUCUGUAUAAAUGGUGACUUCUUGUGUCAAGGUGUGAUUGUUUUGUAGCAACCAAGGGGUCUAACUAUGAAGCUUGCUGGUUCACACAGGCUGUUAUCGAGGCUUCUUUGGAGCAAAUUAAAGGGAGUUCUUCUGCUGAUAAACUUUGUCAAUUAGAUGCAAAUCCAUGCAGCACUGAGAGGGGAAAGAGCCAACAGCACUGGGCUACUGCAUACACACACACCCACGCAACCAUCCAUUCACACACACACACCAAUACAUAACAUUAAAGCCCAAUCUUUCUUCUUCAGACACCUCACACAUGCAUUCGCUGAGACACUGCACAGUAAAAGUGUUUCCCCUCUUGAUCUGUCAUUGAGUGAUCCACACACCGCCGAUGUCAGCUGCUGCACAUGCUGCUGUGUGGGCGAUCUUGGGCCUAAAUUGAAUCAAGCCAAUCAUCCUUACAAAAUCGAAUCAUUUUGUAAUACAGGUAUCCCACAUGGGCGCUUUAUUCAAUAAUAGAGGGAUUGCAUUCCUGAAUGUGAUGUAUCCAUUUCAGCUUCAAAAUACUUAAGCACCCAAAGUUUUCCGCUGUUGACUCAGCAGGAAUAAGGUAAAUAAAUGGUAUUAGUUUGUUGAUGUUAUUUUUCUAAUCAAUAGAGUAUGUUACACUUGGCAGCACUCUCUGUGAGAAACCUGAUGGUCCUCACAGUCACAGAGACAGAAAUAAAUGUCAGUUAUCUCAGAUAAAACCUGUGGUGUAUAUGAAUCUGUGCCAGUCCAUCUUCAGUAAACAAGCCUCUCAGCGUGUUACAACACUAUAAUAAUAGUCCCUGUUCAAGCAUUUUACUUUGAUUUGUCCAAGUGUGUGAAAAAUAAAUUAUGCCAGGGACCAAUUUUCCAUUUUAACCAGCUGGGAUCAAAAUCAAACUUUAAUUCAAUCAUGCUUUUAUUAUUUCACACCACACUACAGUUGAUGCUGACUUUUAAACUGUGCACUGAUGAGCAAGGUGGCUGAGAUGUCCAUGGUUUCCAAAAAGAAUGUCAAAUUUAGAUUUUCCCUAACCACAGGACAGUUUUCCAUUUUGCCUCAGUAAGCUUUAACCCAGAGUAGUCACCGUGGUUUCUUGAGCAUCCUCGAGUCACAGUUCAUGUUAACAGAUAAAGAUCAUUUUUAACAGCUUUUCUCACACAUUUGUUAUCCAUCACUUUCUGUUGUCAAACCUGUUUCACUUAAAGCUCACAUUAAGAGUUUUUUGAUGUCAAAGAGAAAGUCUAAAAAUGAAAGGGUUUUCAUACAAUCUCGAAGCAAACAAGAUCAUAAGUGACAAGAUUGAUGGCUAAAAUUGGUACGAGAGGGUAAGAAGAAAGAGCCCUAAUAAUGGUAUAUUCAACUGUCAAAAGUCUGAAUGAUGAGAUAUGUAGUACAAAGAAACUACUCAAGGGGGCACCAACAUCGACUCAAACUAAAGGUUCCUCUCAGGAGCUUUAAGUAACAUAUUUACUAGGAGUCAUAAACCUGCAAAACCACAUUAUGAAUACAAGCACUCAGUGACUGAAGUUAGAGGUCACUCUGUUUGCUUCACCGCACAGAUCAGGGAAGGUGACGGCUGUGUCAGAUUAUGUAUUGAUCGUAGUGAGUGAGCUUAUUAGUGGCUGCUUUUUCUCAAACCCCUUAUGAUCAAUUUAGCUGGAGGCCUGAUAGCAUCAGUGAACUGCAGGUCAGUCUUCGAUAUCAAGUUCCUCAGGGCAUUUUAGCAAUUGCUCAGCAGCUUGUUGAAUAUUCAAUGUUUUUUUUCCUGUGUGUGUGUGUGUGUGUGUGCGUGCGUGCGUGCGUGUGUGUGUGUGUGUGUGUGUGUGUGUGUGUGUGUGUGUGUGUGUCAGCUACUGUCAGUUGCUUGUCAUUUCUAUUAUGAGACCAUGAGGUGAGUUCUCCUUUCAUCUGUUAUGCAGGUGACACUGGUGGUGCAAGGAUGGAUCAAUAUGACAGGAAACUGUCAAUCCAGGAGAUAAUAAGACAUGGCUUCAUGUGUUUGUCCGUGACACUUUGAAUUAAUUUGUUUGGUGUGUCUUAAGAAACUGCACACCAGUUAGGAGUUUUCUUUCAAAUUUGUGUUGCCUCCCAACUUUUUUUUUUAACUUAAUGAUGGAAACAAAAGGUAAACGAGAGUUCAUAGUUUCAGGUUUCAGCCAAUUUUCAGUCAAGAUUUUCCUCACAAAAUCUUUGCAAAUCUUUGAAGACAUAAAUAUCUUGUUCUACAUUUUCAAUGAAGUUAUUCAUUUUUAGUUCGAGGCCCAGAAAGGCUGACUGCAGAGGUGGUAAUAGUCGUGCACCUGGUGUUUUAAAGAUAACUGAAGCAUGCUGGUUUAUUACCAACCUGUGCCAGAUCAUCAGUCAAAUUUCCCACUCCAGAAGUCUCAUUGUCUUUCACACAUGCACAGCAAAUAUGCAUUUCUGUGAUAAAUUUUAAACUCUCAAUAACCCCAUCAAAGCAGAAGAGCAGAACAGCAUGAUACUUCAGUGGAGAAACAGCUGUCCUGUGUGUCCAAAGAUUACAUUCAGCUGCAGGUUUAUUUCCAACCUAUGCCAGAGUAUAAUUCCAACUGCCCAUUUCAGACCUGUCAGUCUCUGCCACAAAAGAGUUAAAAUAACUCACAUUUGAGUUUAUGGUAAAGAAAUCUAACCGUCAUCUUCCACACAGCAAUUUCUGCAGGGAUUACCAAUAUUAAUAUUAAAGGGAUAUUCCGGCAUAAAAUUAAUUUAGGGUCAAACACCAUAGCACCAUGUUAGACACCCCCUCGAGAGAUGAAUGUUGCCGAUCGUUUACCAACUCUAGUAACGACCGCAGGAUAGCAAUACACAGUGGUCUGAGGAGCUAUAAACAAACCUCAACCAAAACACUACUCUAUAGUCACAAAUAAUGCUCAGAACAGCACCUAACUUCAUCAACAGUACAUAUAGAGUCCUAGCCACAGCACUAGCCACCAGGUGUGUUUGACCCUAAAUUAAUUUUACACCGGAAUAUCCCUUUAACUUUGCUUUAUAGGAUCCCCUUCACUUUAAAUGUGUUCACUAUUAAAGUCUGUUUGGUUCCACCUAAAACUUUUACUGUCAAAUAAAUGACUUUUACAGCUGUUUCCCCAAGUGCACUGGUGCAAGAUAUUUCAUUUACGGUCAUUCAGGCAUUAGCCGGCUUGCUUAAUUUAACUGAGUUUUACAUAUUGCAGCAUGCACUGACUGAGUCAAGUGAGUAUCAAGAAAUAAUAUCAAUCAUAUUUGAUGAACGUUGUGGAACAUUUAGCAGCAAAAGAGCUAUGUGUUAAGUUUUCAGAGGUCAGAGACGGAGCUGAAGGAGAAUGAAUAUUACACUUAAAUUGUUCAGAUAACCAGAAUAAACACUCAUGUUGCUCCAUGUUGUCUGAAUAUGUACAUGCAACAUAACACUACAGCAUUUUCAUAUCAAUGUGUUCCAACACCUUUUACAAAUCAAUUGCCAAAACAAACUAUAUACUUUAAUUACAAAGUCUUUAGAAGCUCAUUGUCUUUAACGGGUAUUAACAAACUCUAAGCCCCACACACUGAGCUAAUUACAUUAAUGGUGUCAUCUAAAGCAGCCAAUCUGAGCGACUUCAUUAGCUCCAAGUCUGCCACCAGAGUGUCAAUCCUUCAGUUGUUCCACUUUGAAACAUAAAUUGGCAUGAACAAAAACGAUUUGAAGGAGAUGACUCAGCAAAGGAAACUGCACAGGGCAGAGUGAUAGAUGUCUGCACGCAACAACAACAAGCUGCAGCUCUGUCCUCUGUUGUUGUCUGAGGCUGACGCGUGUGAAGGAUUUUUUGAUCUGCGAUAAAAACACUUCAUGUUUGUGUGCAUUUGUGCUGUUAGAGGACCCUGCCUAAAACUUACUGUUUUUGAAGCAGACGUCUAAACAGGUGCCAAGUGUGCAGAUGUGUCAUAUUUUAGAAAUUUACCUGGCGGAAAAAAAACAAGGUGGCACUCUUCAAUAGAUUCAACUCAGAGAGGGAGCAAGACAGGGUGUGUGUCUGUGUAUGUGUGUCUGUGUGUUUCAGUUUAACCUUUUAAUCCUCAGGCUGUUCAUCUUAUCAUCCAAAAUUUGGCAUCUUCUCCUUGUUUGUGUAUAUUUAGAUUUUUUUGAAAAGUGUGUGUGUUUGUGUGGAGGGAAUAAUAAGAGACUUAAUAAGCUCUCUGUUUCUGUCUUUUUCUUCCCCUCUGUCUCUAAUACAGCCCUCUCUCCACACUCUGCCAGUCUCUCCUGCUCCUUUGUUAUGGCCUACUUCCUCCUUGAUCACAUGACCAGCUGGAGCGACAGUGAUUAAGUGAGAGAGCUGCAGGUCCAUUCAUACUGGUCCCAGGAUGCUGAGG